UGGGUGGAUCCCGUUCCGGGCACUCCCCGGGUGAUCCUUGCCACUCCACUUGCAUAAGAAGAUCCCCUGGAGGAAACACUUGAGAGUCUCAAGGAAGUCUGCCGAUCCAGAUCCUCCUUGGCCCAGGAUGCUGCUGCUGCUGCUGCUGCUGUGGGUGCCUUACCUCGCCCCUGCUUGGCUCCCCCUCUGCUCGGCAGAAGUGUAUCAGCUGGAGGCAGCCAGGAUAAUGAAUACCACACCUGUGGUAGAUGGUCACAACGAUCUACCCUGGCAGUUGCUGAAAAAAUUCAACAACCAGCUAUCUUUGAAGUCGGCCAGUUUGUAUGAGCUGGAAGGCACUCAUACCAAUAUUGCCAAGCUGCGUCUCGGGCGUGUGGGGGCACAGUUCUGGGCAGCCUACGUGCCCUGCGACACCCAGAACAAAGACGCAGUAAAGCGAACCCUGGAGCAGAUCGAUGUCAUCCAUCGAAUGUGCCACCAAUACCCAGAUGACUUUGAGUGUGUCACUGACGGUGCAAGUAUCCAGAAGACUUUUGGCACUCGCCGUGUGGCCAGCCUAAUUGGCGUGGAGGGGGGGCACUCCAUCGACAGCAGCUUGGCCGUCCUGCGCACCUUCUAUCUGCUGGGCGUGCGCUACAUGACCCUCACCCACAGUUGUAACACUCCCUGGGCUGAUAACUGGCUGGUAGAUACAGCCGAAGAGCAGCCAGUUCACAAUGGUCUGACGGAAUUUGGGAAGCGUGUGGUCCACGAGAUGAACCGCUUAGGCAUGAUGGUUGAUUUGUCCCACGUCUCUGUGGAAACGAUGAAGGCUGCCUUAAGUAUCUCCAGGGCCCCGGUGAUAUUCAGCCACUCCUCGGCGUAUGCAAUUUGCUCAAACAAACGGAACGUACCAGACGACGUGCUCCGCCGAGUGAAUGAGACACGCAGCCUUGUAAUGGUCAACUUCUACAAUGACUACGUCUCUUGCAGCACCAGUGCCACCCUGGCCCAGGUAGCAGACCACAUGGACUACAUAAAGCGUAUUGCUGGAGCAAAGUCUGUCGGCAUCGGAGGAGACUACGAUGGGGUGCCCAGAGUCCCUCUUGGCUUAGAGGACGUCUCCAAAUACCCAGACUUAAUUGCAGAACUGCUGAGGAGGAAAUGGACAGAGGAGGAAGUGAAGGAUGCCCUGGCCAACAAUCUCUUGCGGGUGCUGCGGGAAGUGGAGAAGGUGCGGGAUGAGAUGGCUUACGAAAGAGUUGCUCCUGAUGACGCACCCAUUGCCUUCCAGGAACUGGAAGGAGGAUGCCGAACGUACUAUGGGUACUCCAACCAAGGACACCAUCCCAGGGUUUUGCCUGCCGUGUUCCUACUGUUAUUGUUCUCCAUGCUAAUCUAACAGAAGCCCCAGGAUCUCUUUCCUUGUCAACUAUGAGGAUCCUUCAGGGUUCGGAAAGGAGAGGCACUGUUGCAUCCUACUCCUAUCACACCCCAAAUUUUGCUGAGGCACUUUUGCCCAAUUCUUUGCCUAUCUCUUAUUACCUCCCUUAACUUAUUGCCAGUUUCUUGAGGCCAAAACACCCCUGGAGCCUCAAUCAGUUCUCCUUCCCUAAUGGGAACAUCAUGAACCCUUCAAAGCACUUGCUAGACAUCUUGUUUCCUCUGCAGGUAAUGGGAGCGUGCUUAAUGCUGGACAGGCACGGUGGAGCCUAGAGAGCGACACCCUACAGAGCAGAGAUUAGAGAGGAAGGGAUUACGAGAGAAUAAGCAGGCACACAAUGGGCAAUACACCGAGCUGUUUGUGUAGCGCCCUUGGGGCUGCCAGUGCCACCACAUUGCUUUCGAUGUGUAUUUCCCACUGCGUGCCUGCUUACUCUCUUGUAGUCCCCUCCCCUCCAAUGAAUACCAAUACAAACAUUAAUUCCCUUCUUGCUAAUUAUCCCAGCGCUGGGGUGGAGCAGAUGGAGGGGAACAAAGACAAAGAUGUGAAACUGACCACGGGUGCCAGUCCUGAGCAGCUGUCCCAGCACUGCAGGGGCCGGCGUUCCAACGGGCAGGGCCUGGGGAAAUGUGCAGUCAGGGCCUUGUGAUUUCCUACUUAGCCACCAUUUCACUUAGCGACUGAGUUGCUGGUCCCAGUUGUGGUCCAUUACCCAGGCAAGGAGGGCUGAAACGUUUUUUAAGCCCUGAGAAAGGAAGUAACAUCUGGAAGUGGCUCAGGCAGACACCUCCCUGAUUCACGGGGGUAUUAGGACAGGAAGUACAGAACAAUCAAACUUGCAAAAUUCUCUGAUUAUCGCUAAUGUCAAUAAAAAAUAAUUCUAG